AUGGCGGCCGCGACCGGCACCAAGGCGCUCCGAGUGGCGUGGGCCGAGUUGGCAGCGGAGCUCACGCAGCAGAACGGCGGGGAAGUCAUCAAGGUGGAGCAGUGCCGCAACAAGCUCAAGGCCCUGAGGAACAAGUGGCUCGCGUAUCAUGCGGGGCUGGCGUCGGAGCCUGUUUGUCUCGCUCUGAUGGACAGCUUAUGGGCGAGUGAGAAGAAAGAGAUAGCGGCGAACAAGUCGCCUGGCCAGUCGAGACCGAGUUUGGAGGGGAGAAGGCAAGCCAAGCGGGCGAGACUGGCGUCGACGUCUUCAGGUUCAGCGGCAGAAGUGAAGAUGGACGGAAAUUCACUGGCCCUCAUUGCUCCAGCCUCAGCAGCAGUUGCGUCAAGCUCUUUAUCACCAGAAACGACGAUGACAAACCAAGCUGGCACUGCUGCGUCAUUGGCGACCCCAGCCCAACUAUUUGAUGUGGGAAUGCAGGCCAUCUCCCAGGGUUUCGCCGAUGUUGCAUCUGCUGCAGUGGAGGCUGCGAGGCCCAAAACUAGCAGCCAGUCGGUGAGUGGUAGCGAUUCAACAAAGCUGGAGAAACUCAUCGACGACCGCUUCGCUAAGGUGCUGGAGGCUCAAGAGAAGCAAUUGCGGCUCACUGAGGUUCAGAACCAACUCUUGGCGCAGCUACUUGCGACGAUGCAACGGAAUCAGCACGACCAACCAAACAGUAGCGAAUAA